AUGCUUUACAUUACUGUACUUAUAGUCUGGCUUUUUAUAUAUGUCUUCAGAUUCCUUCUCAUUAAUUAUGUAUGUGAAAGAGUUAGCACCAAGGCAAAUGCAACAGGGAAUUUCAUAAAUAAAUUAUCGUAUCUUACUUACGAUACUGAAAUUCAUGAAAACAUUUUACAGUUUUUACUACAAAUAGUUCAAUCACCACUUAAAUUCUAUGGACUUGGACUUUUCCAGUUUGGUUUUAAAUUCCUUUAUGGGUUCUUCGCUUCUACUUCGACCCUAUUAGUAAUAUAUAUACAAACAUCUUCAUUUGGAGUUACAGAAAAUAUCUCGCGAGAUAAAUUCAAUAUUCGAAAUACAAAUGACUUGGAAGAUGGCAAAUGCGACAGGUAA